GGACGGUGGGUGUCCCCAAACCGCCCCACUGGGCAUCCCGGCUGCCCUCCGAUCCCCAAAGGGAGCAGCAGCCACUGUCCCAAAAGCUCCUGCAGGACACGGAGUGCAGAGCCCAGCACGCGGGGUGUGGGGACACCGAUGGCCUCCGCAGCUGGAGGGGCUGCCUGCUGUGCCUGCUGUGCCCAGCGGGGCGGUAGGGCUGCAGGGGGACGCGGUGCCAUGGGGAUGCGAUGUGACGGCGCUGGGGACGAGGCGGGCGGCAGCAGGGCGGCAGCGGGGCAGCAAGCACCCAUCCCACAGGGUGGUUUCUCUCUUCUUCCUGUUUUCUUGGGGCCUCCUUUCCUUCUGGAUGGGUUUGGGGCUGUGGGGGCCAUCUCAUACACAGCCCUGGCCCUCACCCCACUGCCCCGACCUUCCCUGUCCCCGCUCGUCCCCAUCCCUCUCACCCUGUGGGGUCCCGCACCGCUCACCCCUCUCCCCUCUCCUUGCAGGUGUGGAGCUGCGCAAAUGAGAAGCGGGUGCCGAGAUGUUCCUCAAUAAGUGUGAGGGGGAGCUGGGCGAGCUGCGGAAGCCGGGGGACGGCGAGGAGACGCCUCCAGCUGCUGCCGAGGAGGAGCAGCCCAAGAAGAAGCACCGGCGGAACCGCACCACCUUCACCACCUACCAGCUGCACGAGCUGGAGAGAGCCUUCGAGAAGUCCCACUACCCCGACGUGUACAGCCGAGAGGAGCUGGCCAUGAAGGUCAACCUGCCCGAGGUCCGCGUGCAGGUCUGGUUCCAGAACCGCCGAGCCAAGUGGAGGCGGCAGGAGAAGAUGGAGGCCAGCUCCAUGAAGCUCCACGACACCCCCAUGCUGUCCUUCAACCGGCCGCCCAUGACGGCCAACGUGGGGCCCAUGAGCAACUCCCUCCCGCUCGACCCGUGGCUGACGUCGCCCAUCUCCAGUGCCACCCCUGUGCACAGCAUCCCCGGCUUCAUGGGAGCCCCCCAGGCCCUGCAGCCCCCCUACGGAGGGCACUCCUUCCUCAACACCCCCCCGGCCAUGGCUCAGGGCAUGCAGCCCAUGGCCCCCGCGCCCUACCAGUGCGGCACCCCCUUUGUGGACAAGUACCCGCUGGAGGACGUCGACCAGAGGAGCUCCAGCAUCGCCUCGCUCCGCAUGAAAGCCAAGGAGCACAUUCAGACCAUCGACAAGACCUGGCAGCCCAUUUGAUGAACGCUCCCCACUGCUCCCAACCCGACGGGGCGCUCGGCAGGACCGGAGCAGGGAGGUGACCCCCCCCGAUGCAGCAGCAUGGACAGUGGCUGGGGGCACCCAGCAGCCGCCCCGGUGCGGCCCGCAGGACCUGGGG